UAUGUGGAUUUUUUUUACUCUCAAAAGGAACGCAACUUUUAACAAGUUUUCUCACAAAAUUUAAAGCCUUGGAAAUGGGGACUGAUAUAACGAUUACAGGACCGGAGAUGCCUCCAGAGUUGGUGCGUGAAUCGAUGUUUUUAAACGAUCUGACUUGGUAUGGUGAAGCAAAAAGAUAUGAUGGUAAAGUAUGCGAGAUACAUCCAGCUAAGUUGUAUUCAAGUGGCAUUUGGGAGAGAUUGAUCUUGAACGUUGAAGGUCUUCAGGUUUGGCACUAUCGUCUUCCCAAUCUCGAGAUUGUCAUCUUGCUAGUUUUCGUCCUUUGGCAAGUCUUUGCUAUUUUGUUCAAGAAAUUAGGUCUUGCGAUUCCAAAGUUCGCCUCUAUGAUGCUUGCAGGGCUACUCUUGAACGUUCUACUUACUGUUUCGGGAGACAAAUCUACCGUUCACGAUCUCUUCUUCCACAAACACAGAAUUGACAUUCCAGGAUGCCUUGGAUCAUUUGGUUUCAUGAUUUUCUGGUUCCUGAAUGGUGUGAAAAUGGAUGUCAAGAGAAUCUUCAAGGCUGAAACACACGCAAGAUUCACUGGCCUUGCAGCGGCUACUCUGCCUAUAACGGCUGGCUUGUUUAUUUACAAAUUUAAAUCAGUUAAGAGUAAACCGCUCAAUACCGACGAGUUUAAUACAAUAUUGCUAAUGGAGAGCCUCACGUCCUUCUCGGAAAUCGCAAGACUCUUGAUUGACCUGGGAAUGAAAAACUCCUCUGUUGGCCAGGUCGCUUUAUCUGCAGCUGUAGUCUCUAAUAUGGUUGGACUAUUGCUCUUCUUGCUAAUGGUUCCUCUUAGUAUGCCGUCAUUGGUUACAGGCGUGUUACUACUUGUACAGAUGCUCUUCUUUAUCGUCAUCGUCUUUGCUGUUGUGAGGCCAAUACUAUUUAGAGUAAUCAAACGGAAACGAGAAGGGAUGCCUAUCGAUGACAAAUACAUCUAUUGGAUCCUAGUCUUGGUUUGUUUCUCGUGUAUGUAUUGGAACGAUAUUGGUCAGUUUCCUGCACUUGGUGCUUUCUUUCUCGGUGUCGCCAUUCCUAGUGGACCUCCUAUUGGUUCUGCGUUGGUCGAACGAUUAGAGAGCUUCAACUUUGGUCUUAUAUUGCCUCUCUUCAUGACAGCUUGUGUUCUCAGGGUUGAUAUCAUAGUUUGGAAAGACAUGUUAACAUUCAAUAUCAGCACUGACAAGAAACUCGCUGUUGUGUCUCUCGUCUUGCUCAUCUUCUUGUUGAAGCUUUUGGUCUCAAUGGUCGUACCUUGCCUCUUUAAAAUGCCGUUGAAAGAGUCCAUCGUUCUUUCCCUUAUCAUGUCCCAUAAAGGGAUAGUAGAAAUAAGUUUCUAUGCUUUCACUUUUGGCCUCGACUAUAUGGACAGAGAUACCUUCUCGAUCCUUGUUUUAUCCAUUCUCCUAAACUCGUUGUUCCUACCGGUGGGGAUCAGAUUCCUCUAUGACCCAACAAAGCAAUUCAUGUGCUACCAAAAGAGAAGUUUAGAAACUAUGAAGAUAAAUGGAGCCCUAAAGGCUCUUGUGUGUAUCCAUAGACCAGACCACAUAUCUUCCAUGAUCAACCUUCUAGAAGCUUCUUAUCAAUCACAGGAGGAGACCCCUCUUACUUGCUACGUACUUCACCUCGUCGAGCUACAAGGUCAAGACGUUCCCACUUUGAUCUCACACGAAGUCCAGAAACUCGGAGUCGGGACGUUAUCAGAAUCUUCGGAGAAUGUCAUCCUCUCUUUCGAACAUUUCAACCGUUACGUGUGCAGUUCCAUUUCCAUAGAAACAUUCACAUGCAAGGCAGAAUCGAACCACAUGCAAGAUGAUAUCUGUUGGCUAGCUCUCGAUAAAGCUGUCACGCUUAUCAUUCUUCCUUUCCACCGGACAUGGUGUCUCGACCGAACAUCCGUCGUGUCCGACAGUGAAACGAUCCGGUUUAUCAAUUACAAAGUCUUGAAACAAGCCCCUUGCUCUGUCGGUAUCCUUAUUGAACGUCAACUUGUUAACAAGAAGCAAGAAUCUCAACAAAACCUUAAGGUGUGUGUGAUAUUUGUGGGAGGAAAAGACGACAUGGAAGCAUUGGCCUUUGCAAAGCGAAUGGCACGUCAAGAGAACGUAACGUUAACAGUUUUAUGCCUUGUUGCAGCCGGAAAGAGCAAAGGAUGGGAUCAGAUGCUCGACACAGGGGAACUGAGAGAGUUGAUACUCGAUCCAGGAAACACAAAAGAAGAUUCCGCAAUUUACUUGGAAGAGAAGAUUUUAGAUGGAGUAGCUACAUCAAUGCUACUACGCUCUAUGGCAUCUGAUUACGACCUUUUCAUAGUAGGCAGAACCUGCGGUGAGAACCACGCUGCGACUAGAGGGAUAGAGAGUUGGUGUGAAUUUGAGGAGCUUGGAGUCAUUGGUGAUUUCUUGGCUUCACCCGAUUUCCCGAGCAAAACAUCAGUCUUAGUAGUUCAACAACAACGAACCAUAGCCAAUAAUCAUUGA